AUGGCAACAAGAAAUGGAUCAUUAUUUGGUAUGGUGAAUGCAGCAAAUGAUGAAAAUUCAAUAAAUAAUGGUGAUGGUGAUCUGCUGAAUUCAUCUGGAUCAACAUCAAAUCAAAAUUUCAUAAUUCCGGAUCAAAUUAUGCCAUAUUUGAAUGCAUAUUCAACACAUUUGAAUUCAGAAAUUGGUAAAUCAUCAUCACCAUCUAUGGCCAAUGUUAAACCAAUUAAUGGUAAUAAUGACGAUGUUUUCAUUGUUCAUCAUCAACAUCAUUAUCCACCAAUGUUUAUGAAUAGUGAAUCGGUCACUGGUAGUUCAUCAAUGACAUCCGGAUCAAUGAUACAGCCAAAUCAUCAUCACGCAAAUGUUCUAUCACCGGCAACACAAACACCAUUUAGACCGAUGAAAAAUCGACAUAAAGUAAAUAGAAAAAAAUCGAAAAAAUUACAAAUCGUUUAUAUCAAGGUACCAUUAUUGAAUCUAAUGGAUGUUGAACAACAACAUUAUCAAUCGGAAGCAAUACCAGUAUCGAAACAUCAUUAUGAAAUUUAUCAUAAUAAUAAUAAUAAUGAGAAAGAUUCAUUAUUGCUAAAUGAACGUGAUAAUAUAAAUACAAAUUCCAUUUAUAUGGAUACAGGAUUCGGUGAUAAAGAUGCAAAUGCAUCGACAACAUAUCAAUCAUCAUUAGAGCCAUUACUUUAUCAUUAUACACCUGGUAGUAAUAAUUCAUGGCCACCGGAAAAAAGUCUUGGCAUAUUGCCAAUACUUAUACAGAUUGAAGAUAAAAAAUCGGAUAAUGAAAUAAUUGAUGGUACUAAAAGACUUUAUGGACAGCCAAUGAAUAUUAUUAAUAAUCAAAAUAAUGAUUGGUCACAACGAGAAAAUGGUAAUGGUGUUGGUGCUCCACCACAACAUCCAGCACGUAAUGUUAUUUUUCAUAAUAAUAAACCAACAUCAUUAGCUAUUAAUCCAAGUGCAUCAAAUUUAUAUCCGGAUUAUCAUCAUCAUCAUCAUUAUAAUAAUAAUAAUAAUCCAAAUUUGCAUACAAACAAUAAUCGUUUACGUUUUAGUCCAUUUGGUCCAUCAUCAUAUAUAGAUGAUGAACAGAAUUUAAUGAACAUGAUCGGCAAUAAUGGUGUUCAUCCGAUAGCUACAACAACAGCUGCCAAUAAUAAAUUCUUGAAUCCAAUAUAUCCAAGUGCAUCGGAUGCACAUUUAAAUUAUUAUGGUCCAAUCAUACAAGCAACAAGAGCGCCACCACUUCUUCCUCCUACAGCAGCAGCAGCAGCAGCAACAACAACAACAAUACCGCUUACACCAUCACCAUCAAUAAUAAAUGUAAAUCAUUUAUUAGGUGCCACAAAUACGAAUCCAAAUACAAAUUUCAAUUAUCGUUUAUUAGAAUAUUGGCUAUUACGUAACCAAUUGUCAAAAACACCAUCAUCGAUAAAUGCAAAUAUAAAUCAUAUGAAUCGUAUGAAAAUUAAUCAAGAUCUUUUAGCGGCUAUGCAAACAAAAUUAUUUGCACCAAAAACAACAACAUCAUCGGCGGCCACAACAACAUUACCAAUUGAAUUGGAACAAAUUUAUUUUUCACAAAACAAUUAUCCUGGCUAUACAUAUGGUGAUUUUAUGAAAAUGCCCGAUAAAUAUAAGGAUGCUAUUUUACGAUCCAAAUUAUUGGCACCUUUAACAGCAACAGCAACAACAACAUCAUCGAUGAUAAAUCCAUUGGAUGUAUCGACAAAAGAUUUAGCAACAUUGGCUUCAUUCAUUUGGCAGCAGCAGCACCAACAACAACAACAACAACAAACGACAACCGGUAACAAUAAAGAAUCAAACAAUGAUGGUGGCAGUGGAACAAUAAUAAAUACUGGUAAUAAUAAUGAUAAAAGAAUGAUUAAAGAUGAUUCUUCAUCAACAAUAACAACUGAUAAUAAUAAUAAUAACGGUAAUGGUAGUUUAAUGGAUAAACGUAAAAAAUCACGAAGAAAUUUAACAAAAUUUGGUCUAUUUGGUUGA